AUGGCCGUUAUAUUAGACAAGCUUAAGGCCAUUCCAGACUACCUAUUCGGACCCGACGAUCCGACUGAUGACACCGUCAACGAUGACAAAGUGGACACCUCAUCGACGGUUGACAAGGAGGAAGAACACGAGAACGUCGAGAAGAGGCGGGAGCGUGCUGCCACUCAGUGCUCUGACCGCGCCCAGGACUCCUCUGUUGACUCCACGUCUCGGCCACCCAGCGUCGUCAGCGCAGACUGGAACCUUGUUGACCUCAGUGGCGAGAGCCUCUUCAAGCUCAUAGUAGACCGACACCCUCUAGCGUUGAUGAACCAGUCUCUGAGUGACGUGGAUUCGAAAGGAGUGGCGAAAGCGGUCCCAUCCAGUGGGGCAUGGUCCUUGCUACCUAGUGCAGAUGAAUUGAACAUGCUGAGCCAGUGGGAGAAGGUGGUUGCAGGCCGACCCUUGGAAGAAGUACAUCGGUCGGAGCUUCGACCUCUUGUACAUUCGUAUGGGGUUCCCGUUGAGUACAGGCCUACGUUGUGGAGAACAUGGGCUCACGAAAGGCUUCAUCAUUCGGUCUGCAAACUGACUUAUCCGAAGGCUCUGGCAAUGCUCGACAAUGAGGCCUCACUGGACUCCAAGAUUAAGCAUCAGAUUGAGAUGGACCUGCCCAGGACGGCAGGUGGAAUACCGCCUGAUCGGAUCGAUAGAAUGCGGGACUUGCUGAUGGCGUAUGCAUUGAGGAAUCCUUCGGUGGGCUACUGCCAAGGAAUGAACUUCAUCGUUAAUGCUCUGCUAUCCAUCCCGCUACCGGGCUUGGACGAUGAGACGGUAUAUCUAGUGUUAGCAGCAUUCGUUGAGGGUAUUAAUAAGGACUACUAUGAUAAGAAGAACCUCAGAGGGUUCUUGAGAGAUAUCACGAGGCUGGAUGAACUGUUGGGAGAGCAUUUCCCUGAUGUAAAGCAGCUUCUGGAUAGGCUCGAGAUUUCCAGACUUUGGUUGUGUGCGGAGCCUAUGCUGUGCUUAUGGUCGAAGUCGUUGUCGAUGCCUCCGGCUAGACUGUGGGAUAUCUUCCUUCUUGAUGGUAAUGAUGCAGUACUAGCAGCAAUGCUGGCAUCGAUAUCUCUGGCGUAUUCCAAGAUGGAGGGCUGCCUUACACAGGAGAAGCCUUCUAUAGGGCAGCUAAGUGAUAAGGUGGACACACCGGAGAACCAGAAGGUCAAGGCGUUGCCUAUGGAGGUUCAUCAGGAGAUGGUGGUGACCACUUUCAAGAGCACUUUGCGUGAUAUGGAUGUGGAGGAUUUGGCAAGGGAGACAGUGAAGUGGAUCCAGGCUUGUCGAGAAUCUCGACACAAAGCAAGAGAGGCUCAGCACAAGGCCGCAGCAGAGAAGAAGUGGUUGAUCAUGGCUGGAUACGGAUUCGCUCCGGUCGGUUUUGCCUGGCAAAGUGCCGAAGUGUGA